AUGGCACCCGGCGUGAGCCUGGAUGACCGGAGUGCCUGGGACGACAGUGCCCUAAUCAACUCCUGGGAAGAAGCCGUCGCCGAAUACGAUAAAUACCACAGCAUUCAACGGUCAGGCAAGCGGCUAGAAGAUGUUCUGAGUCAAGAAGAAUUGAAGCAGUUGCGAGAGGAGCAUGGGAAUCUGAUUGAAGAAGUAGAAACCAGAUCCAAUGCUGCCGAUCCAAACAGGCCGGCGGGUCAGGAGAACGACGAAUGGCCUCAGGAAGAGACCAAUGGCGACGGGGGCAUUGGUGAGACCCAGUCUCAUGCAGAGGAACGAACCGCUUCCGGGGACCAAGAACACGCAAGAACAUCAGAAACGACCCGGCCGCAUGACGGUCCUCUUGCCGCGUCGAUGCCACAGGCUGUGCUCGGAACAGUCCAGGACGAGAACCUGAGGAACCUGAUGAUGUCCUGGUACUAUGCGGGCUACUACACGGGCUUGGUCGCUGGGCAGCAACAAGCUGCUUCAAACAACGCCACAUCAAACGAACAGAAGUGA